AUGGCGAAUGCCAAACAGGAGGGCAACCAUGAUGCCAGACACUUCGAUGAGGACCAUCCUUUCGAUGGCUCUGGGAUGGCGCAGCGGACGUGCACAGACAUGCCUUGCCUGGUGAUCUUCAUUGGGUACAUGGUCGGUAUGCUCUGCAUCAGCGGCUACGCCUUCCACAACGGCGACCCACGGAGACUAACGCACGGUCUCGACUACAAGGGGGACUUGUGCGGAGUGGACAUGCCAGUCUUGGACAGACCACUGCUCUACUGGUGCGCCGCAGGGGAUCGACUCACCGACAGUGGCCACCCCGAAAAGCUAGACACCAAGUAUCCCAUUUGCGUAGACCGGUGCCCCAUGGGCACCGCAGAGUGGAUGCCCUGCCUGGGAGAGUCCAGUGUGAAGGUGAUGCCUUCCGGCAGAGAACCUUUCGUCUCGCAGCGCAUCACCAUCACCCAGAACACGGUGAAGCAAGCGUCCUACCGCAAGAUUGCCCGCUGUAACAUGAUGAUUCAAGUCUCUCAGGGUAGCCCAUCCCAACACAUGCACCUACGAACCGCUGCUCUUCUGUGCCUGAGCUGGUCCUGGGUCUCAGAGCGCACCCACCCGCAAGUCGUCUUGAAAGAGGUGGCUGGCUUGAGGGAGGAGAUCCGAGAGGCCCGCGAAGUCAUCGCUGGCUUUACGACCGAGGCCUCUUCUUGUGAGUGGAAAGUCUGGUCUCGAGACUGGGCUUUGAAGCUGUCGGGGUUGAUCGACUUGGUCUUGUUGGUCUGGCUUCUGGUGGCCUCGGGCUGGGUGACGGCGCCUCGUCUCCUCCGAGUUCGACUGGUACAGAUCGUGGUCAACUACCCCUUAGACGGUGGAGGGUUUUUCUGGCAUCAUAGGAUACUUUUGCAUCGUAUUGAGGGAGGGAUCUGGCUGACCCUGACUCCCGACCACGAGAUACAAAGACAUGAUCUGAAUGCCCUCCGACAUCGCAUCUUGCAGAGGUCCGCCCCUUAUCCCGCGGACAUCGCAGCCGAGAUCUACGCGCACGAUCCGAUUGGGGCGGCAGCUCUGGCCGGAUUCAAGAGGGAGGCCCAGAUCCGAGCCGCCAUCCUUGGAGAGGGGGCGGUGGGAAACAUCGAGGCCUUCGUGUGGGUUAUCUCGGAGCCAGGCCACCCAGACUUUGGUGUCACCGUCGAUGCCGGGUUGCUUGGGAAUGAGGCGACAGGCUUGGCGUUCACCCUGAAGGGCGUGAUCAUACGUGGAGGUGAAGAACUCUUCGUGGAGCGGGUUAUGACCCGCGACCUCGAGACCUGGCGCAAGAAGAGAGGCCUUGACCUUUCGGAUGUCAGACUUCUCGGCGACCACCGUGAUGCUGCUGGGAAGAAGCGACUGGACUUGAAGGAGGCCGUCGCCCUGAUGAAGAAUGUCGAGGACAAGGAGUUCCCAAUCGGCGGGGUCCGGGCGGCCAAGGAGCUCCACGAGGCCGUCGCAGCAAGCGCGGGGGAGUUCCUCAUCUACCAUUCAGAAUGGCUCAGGCUCUCGGGCGUCAACAAGAAGUCAAGCGCAGCGCACAUACACCGCUCACUCUGCGAAGCUCUUCGCCUGAUGCACUCCUUUGACCAGGUGGACACUUCGGUCUUAGCGAGCGGGGAGCACAUGGUGCGCUGGCUCAUCCAAGUUGAGCUCGCGGUCGAGCGGAACCCUCACCAGCCUGACUUCUCCGGCUUGGACAUCGUCAGCGGCACCGCCCAACUUCCAGAUGGAAGGGCCAGCACUUCGAAGUUCUCCGAGUGGGUCAGCAACCGCCUUAAGGAGAGGGCCUCCAUCUGGAAGCAGGAGCGGCUCUUCAACCAGGAGAGGCGCCAGCUUCGGGCAGGACGAGGCGGCAAAGGCCAGGGCGGCGACUCGUCUUCUGAAGAUGGGAGCUCCGCUGCCGGGACAAGAAAGAAGAAAAAGAAGAAGAAAGGCAAGGGAGGUGAAGAUCCGACGGCCGCCGGCUCGGGUGGCCGGGACGGCAAGCAGAUGCAUGGCACGAAUUCAGUAUCCGGUCGCCUUCUCUUCGACGACGGCAUGGAGACCCUUUUCCUCUCCCUCGGCUACCUCCUCACUUUUGCAGCCAAGGGUCAGAACGCAAUGAGCAUUCAGAAGUGGAUCCUCUCCGACGUCUCUAGACGGGUCUUGUUGUACGGGAACUGUCCGGACAAUGUCACCGAGGAAUCCGCCCUGCAGGAGCUCAACCAGCGCGCCAACCUGUACAACCAGGAGAGCGUGAGCCUCGCAUCCUGUGACUUAAGCAAAGUGAAGAUUCUUCAGCGACGCCUAUGCCCUCAAAACGCUCGAGACUUGGCACCUCCCGAGGUUACUUGA